AGAUUUCUACUUCACCGUAACUCAUUUCCUGUAGUUUAUUGUGAGUUACACUUGAAUGAUUGUUUUAAGGUUGUUUUCUUUUUAUCAUCGAAUGUGUGAAUUAGAGUGAUAUUCAUCAUGGACAAAGACAAAAAAGGAAAAGACCGAAAAAGCACAAGUUUUUUUCAUCGACCGAAAAAGAAAGAUGAAAAAGACAAGAAGGCUAGCACCUUGCCUGGGAUGGCUUCAGGAAUUGCAGGGAUGGCUGUGGAGACAAUGAGCCAGUGGCAGGUCAAUGAACGUUUUGAGCAGAUGCUGGACGAUUUGAAUUUGACUGAGGAGAAAAAGACACCACUAAGAAAAAAAGGUAUCGAGGAAAAAAAGGCCAUGUUGAGAAUGCAGUUCAAUGUUGACAAAAUUGAAGAAGAGUCAGACAAUGCCAGUGCAUUUCUAGCCAAGUUAAAAAGCCCAGAGCUACAGGGAGAUGAGAGGCUGGAGACAUUGAAGUCCCUGAAAGUUAUGCUAACAAGUAAACCAGUCAGCUGGGUGAAAGACUUUGGUGAAGAUGGUCUAAAUGUGUUGCUCAAGCAUCUUGUCCACUGUUGUAAUAGAACAAAAGAGACAAUAAGAAAAGACGAAAAACAGAGCAGGUUGGAAUGUGUCAAGUGUAUCAAAGCUUUCAUGAACAACCAAUUUGGCCUGACUAAGAUGCUUGAAAGUGAGGAUGGACUGUCCAUUCUGUCCCGAUGUCUGGACCCUACUGACCCUGAGACCAUGAUGCUGUGUGUCAGUAUCCUGGCUGCUGUCUGUAUCUAUAAACCUCCACAAGGGCAUGAGAAGGUUUUGGGGGGACUGGCUGUCAGUGCAGAGAUGAAGAACAUGGACCGUUUUGACAUGAUUAUAACAGGUCUGGGGAUGGGGAUCAAUGUUCCUUUACAGGUGGGAUGCAUGCAGCUGGUGAAUGCAAUCAUCUGUACCCCUCAUGAUAACUUAGACUUCAGACUUCAUCUGAGGAAUGAAUUCAUGAGAUGUGGACUACAAGAUUUAAUCAAGCAUUUAGAUGAACAAGAUAAUGAUGAGCUACAGGUUCAGCUUGGAACCUUCCAUGGACAGGCAGAGGAUGACCAAGAGGAGAUCAUUCAGAAAUUUGAACUCAUUAAAGUUGACAUGUCAGAUCCUGAUCACUGUUUUGAAUUGCUGAAACAGAUGAAUUCUGUCGACAAGGAGAAUGAACGGUGUUUUCUUUCCAUCCUUCAGCACUUGAUGUGUGUUCGUGAUGACUUUUUUAUCAGAACUGAGUAUUACAGACUGAUAGAAGAGUGCCUGACUCAGAUCGUUCUACACAAAGAUGGAGUAGAUCCUGACUUCAAAAGAACCAAAAGAUUUGACAUCAAAACGGAGAAAUUCAUAAAUGAUCUGGGAGAGAAAAGAAAAGAGAUUUCUGAAUUGGAGAAAAAGGUUUCAGAAUUAGAACCAAGUGCCGAGAACCUUCCAAAAGUCCAGGCCCAACUGGACGCUGCACUGAUUUCACAACAAGAAAUAGAGUCCAAGGCACAGAUCAUGGAGGAACAGUUACUCACCAAAGUCGGAGAGGCCGAGGAGAAGAAAGAGCUGCUGGAACAGAAGAUGAAGGAGCGUGAUGCUGAACUCAAAUCACAGAUUGCUGAGCUUGCUGAGAAGAAAGAAAAGUUGGAAGAAGAUAUGCUCAACAUGAGGGUGAAUAAGGAUAAAGAAAUUAUUCAGCUGAGGGAGCAGGUUAAAAAACGUCCAGCUGUUGUAGAUAAAGAUAUAGCCAGACCGAUCAACGUCCAAGGUUCUACCCCAACUCCUCCUCCUCCUGUCAAGAAUGUAUCAGUACAGACAACAGAAGAAUUCCUACCAGCAGCACAACAGAUCCAAGCACCAGCACCUCCUUCUGCCCCACCCCCUCCUCCUGCCCCACCCCCACCCCCACUUCCACCAGGGGUCACCAUCCCAACACCUCCCCCAGCUCCCCCUUUGCCAGAUGGUGCAACAGUCCCUCCACCAGUGCCACCUCCACCCCCUGCUCCACCUUUCCCAGGUGGAACUGUACCUCCAGCUCCUCCCCCUCCUCCACCCAUACCAGGUGGUAUACCAGCUCCUCCUCCUGCCCCUCCUUUCCCAGGGGGAGUUCCUCCCCCACCUCCUCCCCCACCACCCCCUGGUGGUGCACCUAUUCCUCCACCCCCUCCUCCUCCCCCUGGUGGAAUUCCUCCUCCUCCUCCUCCCCCUGGUGGAGCCCCUCCACCACCACCUCCCCCUGGGGCCCCUGGUUUUCCAUUUGCAGGACCCCCUAAACCUGUUGUACCUCAGCUGCCAUAUGGAAUGAAGCCAAAGAAAAAGUAUGAAUUGAAAGAACAAACAAAGCGCAUCAACUGGGAAAAGAUACCUACAAAUAAACUGAAAGAGGACUCAUUCUGGGUAAAAGCAGAGGAGAGCAAGUUCGAAGAUGACUUCAUAUUCCAGGCUUUAAUGGAAAAUUUCUGUGUUAAAAAACCUGUUAAGAAGGAUGCUCAGGUUGAAGUAGCCAAUGAAAAGAAAGGGAAAAAGGUGAAGGAUCUCCGAGUCCUGGAUGCGAAAUCUGCUAUGAAUCUUUCCAUGUUGCUUGGUUCUCUGAAGACGCCAUACCAAGAAAUCAGGAGGAGGAUAUUAGAGGUGGACACUGAGCACCUGAAAACGGGAAUGCUGGAACAACUCAUCAAGUACCUCCCAGAGCCGGAGCAUAUUAAGGAGCUGGGUGCACUGAAAGAGGAUUAUGAUGACUUAGCAGAAGCAGAGCAGUUCAUUUGUACAAUAUCAGACCUCAAGAGACUCAAGCCUCGACUGCAGUCUAUUCUUUUCAACAUGACAUUCAGUGAGGUGGUGGAUGGCAUUAAACCGGAUUUAAUGUCAGCCAAAGUAGCAUUAGAAGAUAUAAAGACGAACACAAAGUUUGCACGCAUCCUAGAACUCAUUUUGUUGAUUGGAAAUUAUCUCAACUCUGGGUCCAGAAAUGCUCAGUCUCUGGGAUUUGACAUCAGUUUCCUCAGUAAGUUAAAGAAUACCAAAACCCAAGACAAUAAAGCAACCUUGGUGCACUUCCUUGCCAAUGUCAUAGAGGAUAAACACCCAGAUCUCGUACAGUUCCAGGACGAUUUUACAUACUUGGAAAAGGCCUCCAAAGUAUCGGAUGAAGGUAUGCAAGAAAACUUCCGAUCUUUGGAGAAAUCUUUAAAGCAGGUGAAGAGUGAUUUGGAAAAUUGCAAGAAAUCCAAAAUGGAAGGGGACAGGUUCCCCGAGGUGAUGGAGAGUUUCUUAGUGCAAGCCAAGGAACAGUUUGAAGUGAUGAACAAUAUGUACAAAAAGAUGACUAGCUUAUAUGAAGAUAUGAGCAAGUACUAUUGUUUUGAUAAGAAGAAAUAUGGCAUGGAGGACUUUUUUGGUGACAUUAAAAUCUUUCAAGAUAGCUUCAAGCAAGCACUCAAGGAUAAUGCAAAACAAAGAGAAACCAAUGCCAGAUUACAACGAGCGAAAGAAGCCAAGGAACGUGCCCAGAAAGAAAAGGAAGAAAGGAUGGCGGCUCGUAAAGAGGGAGAAAUCAAGGCCAAGAGAAAUCCAACCAGAGGGCUUGGUCCUCAAGACGAUGACUUGAAGGGAGCAAUGGACAAUCUGUUGGAUGCACUGAAGACAGGAUCAGCAUUUAAUACAGCUCGCAGGAAGAGAAAUCCAAAACCCCAUGGAGGUGAAGGAGAGCUGAAGGUCAUGAGAAGAAAACCAGUAGAUAUCAUGGCUAUGCAGGAGGAUUGUUGAUAGACCUGCAACAAAAAGAGAGUUAGAAAGCUAGAUUCCCACUUCAUGAUUCGUGUCACAUUGAGAUGGAGUGUUAAAACAGAAACAAACAUAGGAUCAUACUCUUGUCUUCCUGUCUACUAUACUCUUUUUGUAAGAAUAGGGAGUAAAGAUAUAGUUUUAGUACAUUUACAGAAGUUUACCUGGGUUGAAUUGAAAUAUAUUCAUAUAUUUGUUAGAUGCAGCAAAUACUGAUUUUAUCAGGUUUAGUUUAUGUAUAUUUUCUGUAUGACGGACUUGAUAUCGGCCAGAGAAAUAAUAUUUAUAAUAUUGUUUACCGUACGUUUGUGUUCUGGUUUCUAGUCCAUAUGCCUGUAUUUACUUUAUUUAACAAGAAUUUUAGUAAACAUACAUGUCCUUUCAUCUAUUAUAAUUUGUAUAUUUGAUUUUAACCAGUUUUUUAAAGCGGGUGAUUGAAUUAUAGGUAUUUAGUCUAUAUUUUGUGAUAAUUAGCCAAAUUUGCCAUCAACAAAUUGUAUAACUCACAUUUUGUUGUCAAAAAUCUACAGCUGAUGUCUCGAAAUUUCUGGUAAAAAAUAAUUUUGCAGUAUAAGUGUGCACUGGACUCUUGUUUUAUGGUGUUGGAUUGAUAAUAGAUGGGAAAUUGACAGAAUGGACAUCAUUUUGUGUGAUAACAAUAUCUGUUUUCCCAUCUGAGCUUUAACAAUGAAUGCCCACAAAGAACAAUGUGGUUUUAUAAUGAUGGUUAAAGUCAAAUGUAAUACAUAUACCUAUGUUGUUAUAUAUAUAUAUAACAGCGUAGGAUAAAGUAUAAUGUACAGAAUGGGUAAGUGUAGACCAUUUUAUGUUAUCUGAAUUACAUUAGCUGUCUCCAUGACCAAAUCAAAUGGUAACUUACUUGUAAUUAGACAUGUGUAUUGGUACUAGACUGUCACUGAAAUACCAUACAAAAGAGUAUAAUGUUGCUUUAUAACAUGUUUUAUCUUGAUAAUAAAGUAAUGAGAAUGUGUCCAAGCUAUACAUGUAGCAGUGCCACUGCAUUAUCAAGUAGAAAGUACAGAUACUGCAUGUUUAAGUAGAAAGUACAGACACUGCAUGUUUAAGUAGAAAGUACAGACACUGCAUGUUUAAGUAGAAAGUACACUGGGCCUCAUGUUCUGCUAGGUUUGUUACUAGGCCUGCAACUACUUAUAGAUCUCUCAUGUCCUGCAAUGUUUGUUACUGGAUCUGCAACUUGCAUAUCUUUGAUGCUUAUCACUUUUUUAAAGUAAUGCUUGCAUUCUUAUUGUUUAUUUUUCUUUUGAACUGUUACGAUUUAUCUAUUUAUGUCUAUAACAACACAAAUUUGGGCAUUUGUCAAAAUUUUUAGCAGUUUAUUUAAAACAUGGAUUAGCACAAUAAGAGGAGUGCCUAAUGCCAAAAAAUAAAUCUAUCGUUUCUCAGGUCAAACACUGCCGCAUUGGUCAAUUUUAUUGAUAUAUUGAAAAGGGAAAUAACUCAUUUUUUAUAGCGUAAGUUGAAAAACAAAAAAUUGAUGAAUUAUUUCCCUUUUCGUAUGCUUUUAUUCCAUACACAAUAUAUAUUUCUUGUUAAUACAUUAUUUUAUGAAUUUUAAACUUUUAAACCAAGUGUUGGAAAGACACUUAGAGUUUAGUACAAAUUAUAAUUAAUGUAAGAAAACAAAAAAGUAAGAAUCUGUUGAAAUGUUCAUUUUUGUUUAUCGACUGACAAGAGAGGUAAGACCUGAUUCAAGAAAACAAAACAAAAAUCACCCCACCCCCCCCACCCCCAAAUGUAACGUGCAACGGUCACCCAGCCAAGUGCUGAUCACGCUCGCCAUUGCUUAACUUGCGUGAUCAAGAGAGAGACUCUACCACAUCACUAGAAAUUAAGCUAGCUCUCUAGCGAGGCAGUAUAAGUUCACCCUUAUACUGUCUGCUACAAAAAUACAAAAAAAAACCCAAAACCCAACUUGUCUGCCAUGUUGAAGAUUGAAAUUUUGGCCUGAGAAACAAUAGAUAUAUUUAUUUUGUUUUGGCCUUAUACGGCUUGGGUUGACAAGAGAUUGUAUGACCCGGAUCAAUAAAUGUUAUAUUGUUGAAAACCAUUUCAGGAGAUAUUAUCAUACAGGUGCUAUUUUAUUGUGUUCUUUUUGUGCAGAGUAGUACAUGUAGAUGUUCACAUUCCAAAAUCGAAACUUUAUGACAAAAUCGUUAGGGAGAGUUUUAGAAAUUUCAAGAUGAAAUGAAGUCGAAAUUUAAUUUUGAUGUGUGUUGUAUCUUUUUUUAUAAUCAAAGAUUAAUUGACAUAUCGCACAACUACUAAUUCUGUGUAGUCUCGCAUUCCGUCCUUUGACUAUCAACUUUGAAAAUAUUUCUCCAUUUAGAGUUCAUUCCUUAUCAAAGUUUAGUAACUCUCAUGAUGGCAUCCAAAUGUUGACUGUUAAAGGUGAUAUCCAAUUUGUUGAAGUUUUAUUGUAGAUUCUAUACAUAGAACCAAUUUUGUGUGACUGAGUGCUUUAGUUGCUGAAAUAGUCGUAAUUUUAUUUUCUGAUGCUCAUGUUUUUAGUGUAUGUGCUGUGGUGUUAGAUUGCAUUUAUUGACAACACUCUUAGUCUGUUUUAUCAUUGUGGACCAAAUAUUUUCUUGUACAUGUAGUAUAGGUCCCCCCCCUCCCCCAAUCAACAGCAGCUAACUUUAACAACCAUCUGUUUGCCUGUUUUAAUGGAACCUUGUUUAUCAGGACAUUGACGUCAAUGAAACAAUCAGGAUUGUCUCUAUGAAACAUAUUUCUGUUUACUAGUAGUUGUGAUGCACAUUUCAUGCAGCACUUUGGUUUAAUGUCUCCAUUUGUUUGCGUCUUCCUUUCUCACACUUACAAUACUCUAAGGGCUGUGAUUCAUUUACUUCAAUUAAUAUAUAGUUGUUUUAAAUGUAGAAUUUUACUCUAUACAUGUAGUGCUUUGAAACUUGUCAUUAAUGAAUAAAUACCGGAGUAUGCAUUACACAUGUAGUAGUAUGGACUUCUAAUAUAUUAUACUGUAUUCUAAUAAAAGGAAAUUAUUUACAAAAGAAAUAUUGUACAGUAGAGGGGAUUGCAUCUUGGGGAAUGUAGGUAUGGUCUGUCAGUAACUGUUUUAUUUUUUAUAUGUAUACAUUUGAAUUACCUAUAACAUUCAAUAUCUUAUGCACAGGUAAUCUGUAGACAAAACCAAGUCUAGUCAUAUGUUACUAACUUCUUCACAUGCACUAAAUACAUGUACUGCCAGUUGUGUAACCAAAAUUGUACAAAUUAAGCAGUUUAUUUUCUGAAAAUCAAGAAACCUUUUCAAAUAUUGUAAUGCAACUAUCAUAUGAACAUUUUUUUUUGUAUGCUAUAAUAGAUAUAUUUCAAACCUACUUUAUUCGAGUUCUUCAAUAUUCCAAUUGCUUUUUAUACUUGUAUAUUGAAUUCUAGAUGGAUAAUUUUUUUUCUAACAGUUACUCAAACAAUUUUGAACACUGAAUCAAAGUAGAUGAUACAAGACGUUUUCCAUAUAAACUGGUUAUGUGUAUGCAUCUCCUUUCUUUUAUUUUUAAAUCAUUAAACAUUCCUGAAUUAUUUUACUGUGAGUUAAUCAAUAACAUACAUUUUCCUCUGUAACAUAAUCUAUUAUCAAGCUUCCAGCAGAAUAUGGCUGCUUGUGUUUUUAUGCUUGGCAAUAAAGGAGAAAUUCCACAAU